UCGCAGCCGACUGUUCGACGGCAUCAGUUGAGUCCAAUCCAUUCAGCACUAGCCCAUAGAGCAGAACCAGAAUACAGAAUCAAUAUGAAAUUCUUCUCAGUCGUCAGCGUUUUUGUGAUCGGUCUGCUCGCCCUGGCCAAUGCUGUUCCCCUGUCGCCCGAUCCCGGCAAUGUGGUCAUCAACGGUGACUGCAAGUACUGCAAUGUCCAUGGAGGAAAGUAGGCAGCCCCAGCCCCUCCCGAAGAUCAAGCGACGGCCAUAGAUCCAUAACAUACCUCAAACUUAAGGCACUAUAUUUAUGCAAACUCUUUCUUUAAAUGAAGCCUAGAACUUAGAACCAACACAACAGUUAAACAACAAAAAAUAUAAAACCAAACAGAGCCCGUA